AUGAUUCUGCGACCGAGGAAUACGGAUACUGGUUUUAAUCCUUCGCCUACACAGCCAGGUUAUCCGUCGCCGGCAAUUCCAUCUCCUUCUGAGACUACUGGUAAUGAGGCGAAUAGAGUAGCUCAUGUUACGUCGGCUGUGAUUGGCUGUAUUUUGGGGGCUGCUCUAGCUGGAGCGAUAUUCGCCCUCGGUCUGGCGCUCUACCGAUUCCGUCGUCGCCAAAAACUGCGAAGACGUCUCUUAGAAAGAAUAACCGUCCAAAUCGAAUCGGAACAUGUAUCCGACGAUCCACCUCUCGACGAUGAAACCCGACAGAGAUUAGUCGCCGAACGAUUUCACGUUGUCGCGGAGAGAUACUGGAGACAGCAAAGGAGACUCUAUGCGAGAAACGGUCGGCGACCGACAAGACGAAGAGACGAUUUGAGGGAUAUGGCUGGUGAUCUAUAUCGGAAUCAGACAAGCGGGGUCAAUACAAACAGCGGGGCAAACAGCGAAACGAGAGAGUUAAGAGAACCGGAGUCCGUGUAUCUGAGGUUUGGGGGGACGAAUUAUAUGCCGAUAUACUCGUUUUUGGGAAGUGGAAGAGAUAGAGAAAGAGAAGGGGGGUGA